CCCAAUGCUGGAGUCCAUGUUAUUCGUACUUUUGCUAAUACCUAGGUAUGCGAAGGCUAGGAAAACACAUGUACUGUAUUUGAGGCUCAUAGUGCGCCAAUUCAAUACGACCAUACCAACUAGUCUACAUACAUUCUUUUUUGGUAGGGGACAAUACCUCCGGCUUCGAGGUGAGCAGAGGUGCCUUACUGGAUCGAGAAUGUCUCCCGCAGUUUCGGGUGAGCUAGUAUCGAAGUGGGUGUUGUGAAUACAUGUAUUGGCUGACCUUCCCUUUUCUCACAAGUGUUUCAUUUCGGAGCAAUUUUGGCGACUGCAAAAAUGCUUUGCAUAUCUAGGUAGGUUGAGUCUACAUCAAUUCAAUGUAGCACAUCGGCGUGUUUCUGUUACCGGAUGAAAAAAGCGCCAACUUUACCAGAGACCUGAUUGUCAUCACCAUCCAUACUGAAACCCGGUUUCGAGCAAAGCACACUGGAUAUUGUCGUAGUACCUAUGUAUGUAUAAUAGUAAGUGUCAAGUCGUAGAUAGAUUAAGUAGUAG